AUGGCACUUCUCCUCGCCGUCCUCAUCUUCAUCAGCGUGCGCACGUUCCUCGCGUCCCGCGGCGACGCGAGCGCGGGCGCGAUGACCGUCGCGCUCGCGUCGCGCGGCGCCACCGUCGGCUUCGAGGCGCUGGCGGCGGCGCGGUGCGCGUCGUUCCUCGUCAUCGCGCAUCGCCUCUACUUGCUCGUCGUCGUGCGGCCGCCCUUCGAGCUCAAGGCCAACUACCUGGCGACGACGCAGUUCCCGCUCCGGCCCGUGAAGCUCUGGGGCCUGCGCCGGCUCGUCACGUUCACGGUGCAGACCUGGACGCUGCAGGGGAUCUACUUUGCGCUGGCGGCGGCCGCGGCCGUCGCGGGCGCGCGGGGCCUCGAGGCGCCGCCGUGGCUGCCGCUCAAGGCCACGCGCUACCUCUUCGAGGUCGCCUGGGCCGUGAGCCAUCUGGUGACGUCCGUGACGACCUACGUUUUGGUGCCCGCGGCCUGCGACGCGUUCGACGGCGACGUCCGCGACCUGCCGCUGCUCCAGGCGGACCAGCUCGUGCUCCACAACGUCAACUGCAUCCUCAUGCACGUCGACACGCUGCUGUCGGGCCAGUACCUGGCCUACGACCACGCCGGCGCCGCGCUGCUCUACGCCUGCUACUACGUGUCCUUCGCGUGGACGCGCGCGCGCUACGUCGCGGGCGGCGUCCCCUACUUCUUCCUCGACUACUCCCUGCCGCGGGCCCUCGCCUUCAAGCUGCACCUGGGCCUCGCGGGCGUCGUCGUGCUGUUUUUCUACCUCGGCGUCUUCGUGACGACGCAGCUCGGCGAAAUCGCGGUGCCCACGCGGUGCCUCGUCCACGUGCUCAUCGUCGGCGCCAUCGUCCGCUUCCGACCGCCGCCCAAGUACCGCGCGCGCGCUAAAGCGGACUAG